AUGUCACAUGUUUUUCAAGUCAUCCGGAGCGGAGCAGACCCGAAUAAAGCAAAUGAAGAUGGACGCAGGGCUCUCCAUGUAGCUGCUGAAGAAGUACAUCUACCUAUCGUAUAUUUCCUCGUGAGGCAGGGAGCAGACGUGGAUGCCCAAUGUGAUGUGGGUCAGACAGCUCUUCAUGCUGCUAUACACAAUAAUCAAUGCCUCUCUUCAUUACUUCUUACUGUGAAAGGAACAGAUGUUUCCAAACGGGAUAUUUAUGGAAGAACACCUUUACACAUGGCAGCCGCAUCUGGAAACAUUCACAUCUUUGACAACCUCGCAGAUGAAACAUGGGACAUACAUGAAGAAGAUGACAUGGGUCUAACAGUUCUCCAUCAUGUAGUGAGACAUGGACAUUCCAAUGUUGUCAAUCAUCUCCUCAAGUAG